UUGUUAUGGGGCCUUCACACGAAGAGGCAGCGGAAUUAAUUAGGGAGAAAGGAGGAACUGGUCGAAAUAGGCGUGAAAUUGAUCAGGGUGUUGAUUUAAACAAUCUAAUACCUGUAAACAACGAAAAUCUCACUCCACCUGCCAAUGUUCACUGUCUCAUACUUGCUGUACAGCUUAAAAUUCAACACGUGAACAUGACUAAUUCCGCAUAUGACAAAGUUAAAUUCCACCGGCUAGUAAACGGUCAAACCAAAAAUUCGAAAAUCAAGCGCGAAGUUUUGAUUAAGGAAAUGAUUCAACAAAUGUUAAAGAACAGAAUCCGUUACCCCAGCAAUGCAAAAGAAUAUACAGUUGAAGAACAUGUUCCAAUGAUUCAACAAUUAUUAGACAUCCUUUUCCCCAGCAAAUAUAGAAUUUCAGUAUUCGGAGAUCACGGAAGGAUGCGGCCUAUAUGGAAAGGACAAAAAAGAGCUGAACACGAGAUUGCUUUAUUUUUGAAAGAAGGACAUUAUUAUGGGAUUAGAAACGUGAAUGCGCUUUUUGGUUCUUAUUAUUGUCUUGAUUGUGAGGCACCGUUUCACGACAAAAAAGUGCAUCGACAGACAUGUGUUGCCAAAUGUCCGCGCUGUUGUGGGAUGGGAUUUGGUUUCCCAUGCUUAGAAAUUAAUGGAUUUUCAAAAAAAUGUUCACAAUGUGCGAAUAUAUUUAAAAAUCCUGAGUGUUUCCAGAGGCAUAUGGACAAGGGAAUCUGUGCAAUCUUUAAAAGGUAUUAUUAAAAAUUUUCGAUGACAAAAUUUGUUAUAGGUGUGAGAAAUGCGGGAAAAUCUUUAGUGUAAAAAAGCGAGUGAAUGAAUUUAAUUCUCAAGAAUCAGGAAAUGAAUCUUCAAGCAGUUCUACCAAAGGCGAUGGACAUGUUUGUUACGUUCAUUUUUGUUCUCUCUGUCAUUCAUACCACAAACGUGAUGAAAAUUGCUAUGUGCAACCAAUAAUCCCGAAAAAUAAACAA